CUAGAUUCCUCAUAUAUAUUGAUGAUGAAAACAAUAGCAAUAUAUCUACUCUUGCUGCAAAUAAUAAUGCCCUUUUUAUUAAUACUUCAAAACACAGAUAGAACAAAAACAACUAGAUAUUGAUCAUCAUUAGGUUUCUUUUUUGCCUUGCUUUACCUUUUUUUGUGUUUUCUUGAAUUCCUUCCAAUUAAAUUUGGAAGAGAAUUCAAUCCACCCCCCCUCACAAACCCUAGCUACAAUCUUCCCCUCUUUCCAUAAAUAAACUCACAAUUUUACAUAAAGUUUUAAUUUCAUAGUUACAAGAAUCUAGUUCCAUUUACAUACAGUUCGAAUCUUUUUUCGUAGUUUCCAGUAAUCUUGUUUCAUUUACAUAAAGUUUGUAUCUUUUUUCAUAGUUACCAAGAAUCUAAAAUUAUAUGCAUAAAGUUUGAAUCUUUUUUUUUUUUUUUGGAAUUUCGGAGAAUCUUGUGUUAUUGUAAUUGUAUUUGCUACAAGGCAAUAUGAAUAUUGAAACUGUUGAAUUUAGAGGAGGAAUAUAUGGUGUGUCAGAUGAAUUGUUGGGGACAAUUUCGCCAAUAGUGGUGUAUUGGGUAUAUUCAGGAUUGUAUUGUAUGCUUGGGGGUAUGGAGAAUUAUAGGUUGCAUACAAAAAAAGAUGAGGAUGAGAAGAAUUUGGUUACAAAGAAAGAGGUUGUUAAAGGGGUUCUUCUUCAACAGGCUGUUCAGGCUGUUGUUGCCACAAUUCUCUUCGCGGUCACAGGUAAUGAUGGAGAAUCUGGUGGAGAUCAACAGGCUAGCUUCCUUGUUCUUGCUAGACAGUUCUUUGUUGGAAUGGUGGUGUUAGAUACUUGGCAAUAUUUUAUGCAUCGCUUCAUGCAUCAAAACAAGUUCUUAUACAAGCAUAUCCAUUCUCAGCAUCACCGGCUAGUUGUUCCAUAUGCAUUUGGAGCUUUGUACAAUCACCCUUUAGAGGGUCUGAUACUUGACACUAUCGGUGGGGCCCUAGCUUUCCUUUUCUCAGGCAUGUCUCCUCGAGCUUCUAUCUUCUUUUUCUCGCUUGCGACCAUCAAGACAGUCGAUGAUCAUUGUGGACUAUGGCUACCGGGAAACCUGUUCCAUAUCGUAUUUAAGAACAACUCAGCAUACCACGACGUUCAUCACCAACUUUACGGAAGCAAGUAUAACUUUUCACAACCCUUCUUUGUGACGUGGGAUAGGAUACUUGGUACGUACAUGCCAUAUGCACUUGUGAAGAGACCAGAAGGGGGUUAUGAAGCUCGGCCUGAUAAAGAUUGCAAGGAUGACUAACAAGACUGUUAGUACAUGUUUUGAAAGUAUGUACCACUGCAAUUUUACACCCGUAUUUGCCUUUCUCAGUAAUUUGUAUAUAUGUUUCUGCAUAUAUUGUUGUAUUACUGGUUUUCUUUUUGAGGUUGAAAAAAGAAAAAAGGGGCAAAUAAUGCCUUUUCCUUUUGUCAUAAUCUGGUUUCCCAUAAUUUGCUAUAGGUAGAGGUUAAGUAUUGUCUGGCAAUGGAUUGUAUGCAUCCAAGUGAUUUUUUUUUUCUUUUGAAUAUUCUCUACCAUAGUCUGCUUCGGGCUUUGAGUCCGUCGCGGAGAGGUUUUAUUGGUUAAGUGGUCACAAUUGUGUAAUUAUAAACCUCUAUUUUGUUAUCAUAAGUUUGAGUUUUAUUAACUAUGUAA